AUGGGUCAGCAAGCAGCGCGCAAUGUUGACCAGGACAGGCCAUGGAAUCACAGUAGACUAUGGCAUGAACAAGAUAUAAAAACUGUUUUUUCCGCAAAUCAGAGGACAGAGUCUAUUAAAGGCAUAAUGGUGCCAGUUGGCUCAGACCGUCAUAUAUGCAAGUGGAGCAAAGCUUUCAAAAACCUACCUUGUCUUAGGUUACUCAUUGUCAAAGGGGAGGAGGUCCGACAUCAUGACCCUAUUUGUGACCCUAUUAAGUAUCUCCCCAGUAACUUAAAAUGGCUUGACUGGUCAUACUACAGUUUUGCAUCUUUACCAGCAAAUUUUGAACCAGGAAACCUUGUUGGGCUCAACAUGACUUUUAGUUCUCUUGUGGAAAUCUUCAAGGAACCAAAGGCAUUUGACAAGUUGUCGAUCCUCAAUCUAAGUUUUUCACGAAGUUUAAUCCGAACACCCAAUUUUUGUGAGACUCCAAACCUGCAGAAGAUUAUACUGAAAAGUUGUGUGCGCUUGGUUGAAAUUCAUCCAUCCAUUGGAAAUCUGAAAAAACUCAUCUUUUUGAAUAUGGAGAACUGCAAUAAUCUCAAGUAUUUACCAAGCAGUAUUCAAAUGGAAUCUCUUGAAGACUUCAACCUCUCGGGUUGUGAGAAAUUAGAAAAUUUUCCAGAAAUUCAGGGGAAUAUGGAAUUGCUAUCGGAGCUCCUUCUGGCACGUACUGCAAUUUGGCAAUUUCCCUCAUCAAUAGGACAGCUUAGUGGUAUCAGCUUGCUUGAUUUGCGUUCAUGUGAAAACCUUGUAAUACUCCCUGCCAGUGUCUCUGAGAUGAGAAAACUGAAAAUUUUGAUUCUGAAAGGCUGCUCAAGACUUGCAAUGUUUCCUGAAAAUCUCGGUGAUCUAAACCAGUUGGAGGAGCUUUAUGCUGGUAAUACUGCCAUUUGGAAACUACCAGAUUCUAUUGGAAACUUAAGCAAACUCAAGAUCCUAUCAUUAAGAAAAGGGCGGAAGGUAAAGCGGCAGCCUGCUCGCAGUUUGAUAUUACCCUGUGUGUUUCAUGGUUUGAGGGAGUUGAAGAGCUUAGAUCUCAGUGGAUGUAAUUUAUGUGAUAACCACGUUGCUGCUCUUAAGAACGUAACUUCUUUAUUCGAACUGAAUCUUAGCAGAAAUAAGUUUAUUUAUUUACCUGAUAUCUUCAGUCAACUUUGUCACCUUCGCUAUCUCAAUAUAACACACUGUCAGAAACUUAAGGAACUCCCCAAACUUCCUCCAAGUAUAGAGGAAUUAUAUGUGGAAGAUUUUUUGGCAAAAGAAUGUAUUGCAAAGCUACGAAUGUAUCCGAGGUUGAAUUUGGUCUCAUUCACCAAUUAUAGUUUUGAUCAACAAUCUUAUACAGAGGAGAGCAAUGGUAGCUCUUUUUUGGAUGAGAUUCUCAGUUUGCUUCUAUCAAACAAUAUGGAUGAUGUGAUCCGCCCCUCUCUUAACUCUGAACAUAGAGUGACUUGUUCCGUUGUCUUUCCUGAACGUGCAAUUCCCAUGUGGUUUAAGCAUCAGAUUGUUGAUGAAAAGAUCUUGUUCAAACUUCCCAUUAAUUG